UAAUAACGCAGCUAUGCGCUCGGAUCUGUGUGAUAUUUUCCACGCGUAAAUGCGCACCUGCGACAAAUACGGAAAGAUCCAAUUUUAUCUCAUGCAACCCUAGAAGGUCGCAUUCACAUCAGGGUGUGUGGACAGGAGUGUGAUCAGAUAGUGUGUGUAGACGAGUUAUUUUGUAUCUGAUUGUGUAAACAUAGUGUUUUUAUUCGGUGGAACGAAGAGGAGGAGGAAGAGGAGGGUGAGGAGGGUCAGGGUGGGAACAAGAAGAAGAAGUAGAAGAAUAGUUACGCAGAAUCGCCUGAAAUAAAGUGUCGGUGAAUUCCUGUCUGUGGAUCCGUUGUCGUUCAUUUCGGAGUGACUCAGUGUUUCUUUGCUCGCCGGAAUGCUGUUAUCUCUUUGAGCGUUCAGCAUGGAUCAGGCUGGCUGCGUGAAUCUGUGCAGUCUGACCAGCACGCUCCCGGUGAUCCCGUACCGCAAACUCACCGACCUGCACUACAUCAGCAAAGGCGGCUUUGGCACCGUGUUCCGGGCGCAGCACAGCGACUGGCGCACCACCGUCGCCAUUAAGUGCUUAAAACUGGACUCCCCGGUCGGUGAAAGAGAAAGGAAUUGCUUACUGAAAGAGGCAGAGGUGCUUCACAAGGCCAGGUUUAACCACAUCAUCCAGAUCUUCGGAGUGUGCAACGAGCCCGAGUUCUUCUGCAUCGUCACCGAAUUCAUGACCAAUGGCUCUCUGGACGAGCUUCUGCACGAGAAAACCAUGUAUCCAGUGGUGGCCUGGCCUCUCAGGCUGCGCAUUCUGUAUGAAAUCGCUCUGGGAGUUAACUUUCUCCAUAAUAUGACUCCACCACUGCUCCAUCAUGACCUGAAAACCCAGAACAUUCUUCUGGACGGCGAGUACCAUGUAAAGAUAGCAGACUUUGGUUUGUCAAAAUGGCGCCAGCUCUCAAUCAGCAAAGGUUCCGGAUCGAAACCAGCCGAGAUGGGUGGCACUGUCAUCUACAUGCCUCCUGAAGAAUACGAACCCAACAAGACUCGGAGAGCGGAUGUUAAGCAGGACAUGUACAGUUAUGCCAUCAUCAUGUGGGAAGUCCUGUCUCGACGGAUACCAUACGAAGAUGCUACCAACCCCAUGCAGAUAAUGUUCAGCGUCCUGCGCGGCUCUCGCCCGGACACCGGACUGGACAGUGUGCCGGGUGACAUUCCUGGGAGAGAGACGCUCAUCAACCUCAUGUCGUGCGGCUGGACCGCUAAUCCCGACGAGCGUCCUUCUUUCCUCAAUUGUCUUAUCGAUCUUGAGCCACUGCUGCGGAGAUUUGAUGAAGUCGAUGUCAUGGAGUCGGUGCUGGAGGUCAAAAGGUCAAAAUUUUUGAGACCGGCGAGCAGCGCUUCAACGAUGACGACAAAUGUGAAAAGAACAGAUAAAAGCCUGAAGGAACAUAACACUCCUUGGACAGAUACCGGCUCUACAUCAGGAUCAGGUUCUUGCUCCUCCCAGGACACGGACAUCUCCCAACCAGGCUACCUUACCAUCUCUAAUCCCUCUCACGCUGGACCGUUGUCAUCUGUUGUGUCCAUACCACUGGACACCCCAAAACCGUUAAUGGACCAGGGCUCCCAGAACAACCUGAAUCCUAAUUAUCCGACGGCCCAGCUCGUCUCGGACUGCAACAUCCCCAUCAGACCAAACGUGCCUCAAAACGAGAGCAACCUGCCUAUAAACAUUCACCCGCUCACCCUACAGUCACAACCUCAAGAAUUCCCCAUGCUGUUGGACACCCAGGGCCCGGCAGCACGAUGGAUCAGCCUUCGGAGGGAGGAGGUUGUGCGGCAGAUGACUGAGGCAUGUCUGAACCAGUGUUUGGAUGCACUACUGGCCCGCGACUUGCUCAUGAGUGAGGACUAUGAGCUGGUGGCCAACCAGCAGACUCGCACCGCCAAAGUUCGCAAGCUUUUGGACAUGUGUGAGUGCCACAACGAGGAGUUUUGCCGUGUGGUGGUGCGCAAGCUGCAGGACAACAAACAGAUGGGCCUGCACCCAUUUCCAGACUUUAUUUCCCAGACACCUCCACCACCACCCUACAGUGCUGCCAGCGCUCCACCGCUCUCCACCUCCUGCAAUAACAUACGCAACAUUUUCUGAGCUUUUCAGCUUCCCUCAUAUCUGGUCACUUUUGGAAUAAACAGCUGAGAGAUUUUCCUGCUUCGCUGUGUUUGGGGUUUUUUUGGCAUUGGGAAAAAUGUAUUCAUCUUGUGCUGGAGCAAUUCCACUCUCCGCUUGCUGUGGCUGUAAAACUGGACCACUUGUUGUUUUCAUCUCCAUUAUUCUCAAGGUCUUUCUGUCUUUCAUGUUGGAGUAGAUGUUGAGAAAGAUUGUUAUCAUUUGAUCCAGUCAUGAAGUGAGUCAUGACGUUGUCCAUCGAUCCAAAUGACAACACCAUAUCUUCUCAUUUUUGGUCAUCAACUGGUCAUUUGGGUUUAUAUGAGAAUGUUGUGUUUGUAGGAAUGAUAAAGUGAACAAGGAUUUGCAAAUGAAUUUGACAGCAUUGUUUUACCACAGCUUGUUAGAAACUUCUACAAUGUCUUCCUUUUAGCUAACGUUUUAUUUUUAUGAUCAGUAUGAACUUUCGUAGAGUUUAUACACCAGUUUACUUUGUGAUAACUAUGUCUCACUUUGGUUUACCUUCCUGUGUUCACAAAGCAUCAGUAAGAAAAUUGGCAGUUUCUUGGAGGAACUUGGUUCUUGGCAGAACAAAGCUUAGCAAUUUUUUUUAGCACUUGGUCAUACAGUUCUGAACACUGACCUGCACUCUGUUUUGUAACAACCACAAUAACUGAAGCACCACCCUACUUUCUUCAAUGUCCCAUGUCAAAUUGUCUUGUAUAAAAAAUAUUUAUCAUAGUUUAUACAUAUGCGGGUAGUCUUUCUUUCUUAGUUUCAAAUAAAUCUGUGUUCGAACCCCGCUGAGGUUCUUUAGAGUUCUGUUUAAGGGUUCGGUUUUUCCUAAUGUGCAUUAUUUUUGGAUCCACCAGUACAGUUAUAACAUGUAGUAUUAUAACAGGGUAUUGUACCAUACUUUAGCUGAAAUAGUGAACUGCUAGAGGAAAGGAAUGCUAAACUUGGUUAGCAUAAGUCAUGGUUAUGCUAAGCCACGGGUGGACAAAUCGUAAUUUAGUCACUAGCCAACCAGGAAGUUAGUGCUCCAAUGUGCUAAAAUAGACCUUGCUGCAGAACCAGAAGUCCUGGGGGUAGACUGGACUUGAUACACUUGAUACCUUUGUGGAGAUAAUCAGAUGUGUGAGGAUGAGUGUUUCAGGCUAGAUGAGUGUUUGUUCCGUGCUAUAUAGCAUUAAGGUCAGGCUUAGGUCUAUAGGAAGACCUAAUAUAUCAGGCCUGCUGCUACCCCUGGAAGCUAGUUCUGGAGUCAGCAGCAACUAAUUUACGAUAACAAUUUGGCAAGCUAGCCAUGCACAUAGGCUAUAGGCAUUAAGCGGCUAAGAAUCAAUCCUUGCGAAAAAAAUACUUCUAUGUUGUCCAGACUUGUAAAGAGUGCAGCAUUUGAAAGGUUUUGAAAAAAGACUAGCUACAAUAUAUAAAAAUUUAUAUAUUAGGUGUGCUAUGUUUAAACAAACAUGUCUAUUAUGAAGUACAAAGCACGUUUCCAAGCCAAAAUCACAACAGCGAAUCAGACAAAACGUCAUCGUUGACACAAAAUAGUUAUAAUAACUAUUGUUUUAUCGUUAUAAUAACAUUAUUGUUAUAAUAACAUAACAGAAUUCCACUUAUUCACUGUUUUCCUCAACAAGCCAUCUCACCAACACGCGUGUAAUGUUCAGUAAGACCAGUCCCUUUUCGCUGUGAGAUAAUGUCAAUGCCUUUGCUGUUUUUUAUUCUGUUUUUGCAGUUUUUAAAGAAACAUUUGAAUAAUAAUUGUAAUUAUUUGUUGUAUAUUUAAUGUUCCUUUCCUGGGCCUGUGAUUUGUCCACCCUGUAAGUCAACAGCUACUGUACCUGCCCGAAUCAUUCUCAUAACACUGAACCCCUGCUACAGGGAAUGUUUAUACUACUGCAUCUGGAGCAUUUAUUUUCAGGUACCCAUGGUGUCCGUUUGUUACGAAACUGUAGAAUGUGUUUGCGUUUACAUCAGUGUUUUUGCCCCAUGAACUCUCUCGACCAUGAACUCCCAGGAUUUUUACCCCGCUCAACCGGUUUUGACGUUUAUAGAAGCUACUUUAUUUUAGCUGUGGGAUGCUUUCAUAUUGUAAUUAACAACAUUUUGCACUGCAGAUGAUGAGGUCGCUAAUGCGCUUAGCUUUUUGUGUGUCGGUUAGGUUACACUUUUAAAAAAGGAACAACAGGUUUUGAAAUCCACCGGUUUUGAGUUGCCUUUAGGCAAUGGUUUCAUUUAGCAUUAAAAAAAUAUGUAUUUAAUUAUUUGCAUGUUAUUAAGCAGUGCAGUUGACAGUAUCAUGAGUGUAUUUGUGUAUUACAUUCGCAUUAAAAUUUGCAGAGUAUUGUGCCCAUUUGUAGGCGCUGAUCAUGAAUGUAGAUCAAGGCAUCAGAAUGUCGCGUUGCAAUAUCGUAUCUUGUCCGUAGAGUGUAUAUUAAAAAAAAAUAAUUCUGUGCCAAACUCAACAUUGCCUUAAUAAUUUUAGAUGCUAGGCCUAAAUAAAGAGAAUUAUUUUUGUCAUAACAGCAUUACUCCUCUAUUUUAUUGUAUCUCUAAAAGUGCUAUCUUUUGCCUUCUUUCUGUGAAACUAGUUGCUGUCAUGAGAAACCUUGUGCACAUUACAACCAAUGCAUAUCCAAUGUAGCAAUGUACAGGUGUCAGGAAUGCGAUCGAUGUACCUGCUCUAGUAUGAACGUCCUGAAAAAUCUUCCAGAGAAGUGCUGUGUUAUUAAAGUGUGUAGCUCUCCAA